AUGGCUCUCAGAGUUAUUGCACUGUCUUGCGUUGUAUUUCUAGUCUCACUCAUAGGCUUCGCUGCUGCAAUGGCCACAACUGAUGAAAAGUGCUGCCAGUACAAUGUGAGCGUUCAGACAGCAAAUGCCUAUGGUGCAGGAACGGGCUCCACCAUUAGCCUCACGUUAAAGUCCCUAUCCGGCGAUGGUUUUACCAUCGCCAACCUCGUAGAUUGGGGCAUAAUGCCACCCGGUCAUGUCUACUUCCAGAAGGGCAACCUUGACUUCUUCGGGGGCAUGAGCAAUUGCGUCGAUGUUUGCGCCAUGACCGUCACCUCCAGCGGCACAGGGUCCAGGCCAAGUUGGUACUUGAAUUACGUCAAUGUCACCGUCAGUGGCCCCAAACAGGUGGACAUAUCGUUCCCCGUGAACCGGCGGCUGGCUAAAGACAAACCAUAUUCGCUCUCUGCCACCGUCGACUCAUGCUCCAGCUUCUAUCCUUUGAAGCCCGCUCUCUUGUCUGUGUGA